AUGGCCUUAAUUAUGAAAGUUAUUGUACUAGCACUAGUCUCCAAAUUCAUUUCUGAGUUUUUUACAACUGGUAACAUCUUUGCAGUAUAUGCAGACCAGAGUACAACCACAAAAAAACAUUUAACUGGUGGGUUACCUGAAGCAACUUUACCCGGCGAAUCAGGAAAUGAAGUCGACAUUACCACUGAGACCUUGAUGGUCCCAAAUGAGCCUCUGGUCAAGGUUAAAACUACAGUUGUUCCACCUUUUGAACCGAACCCGCUAUUUGCUAAGGAGUUAAAUCCAGAUGGCUCUAAAAGCGAUGUUAAAGUUGAGAGUAUUAAGAAAGAGGAAGUAAUAACGAUUCCAGGAUAUGAAUCUCCAGUCGGAUCUAAGAAGAAAUCAGUUGUUACUAUCACAAAUGACAUUCCAGUUCCAUACUCAAAGUCUGGAGACCAAAAAAAGAAAAGUGUAACCUUUUCAGACGAAGUCGAUUUCAUUGAACCAGCCAUGAAGGGUAAAUUCACGACAUUCGGUUACACACCAGAGAAAGGCUAUACUGAGGAUGCUGAUGCUGCAAAAAUUUACAGGGGUGGUGUGUCAAGUCAUCCUGAUGAUCAUUCAGACUAUGACGAUUCUGACAUAGAAUAUAUGGGGACAUAUCCCGUUCACACGCCAGCUAGUUACGACGGCAUGUCCUAUGUAAAUCCAUAUGAUGUACCCAAAUCCAGUGAAACUAAGCUUGAUAAACUUUCAAAGGGUGCCAAAAAUACCUUUUCAAAAGCAGGGAAAAGCCUGGAGAAAGUGGCAGAUAAGACUAAAAAUUCUACGAUGACGCUAGUAAAAGACUUAAAAGGCAAGGCUAAAGGUUCUAAAGUUCUUAUGGAGAAACAAUUCACUGCUAAGACUAGUAAUCCAACAGGCCAAUCAACAGAAUACCAUAUAGAAACGAGUCAAUUUAAUGGUAAAUUCGGGAAGUCACCAAACGGUGUUUCAACAAAAGCGUCUCAAAUUCUUAAAUAUGUAGGGGAUAAGACUAAGGAAGGGGUUUCCAGUUUUGCCAAUGGUGUAAAAGUAAAGACUGCUGUUGCUUCGAAAUAUUCCAAUGGUAAAUUCAAUGUAGUAAAGGAGAAGAUAAGGGUGUGUGGCCAUAAAAACUCAAAAACCCCUUGUAAACUAAGGAAAAACGAAAAGGCUGUAGAUCCAAGGACAAAGGGUUCAAUGACUAUGUAUUUUAGGGAUAAAUAUGGUCGUUUAUUAAGUGAACAUGAAAUUAAACACUUGUGA